GGUUCUAAAACCCUCACUGCAAGAAUAUUCAAACACAAAGCCUUCAAACUCUUGAACACAUCAAACUACACAUCCGUGUUUGUGUACAUACAACGAUUGUGUAUGCAGUCAUGCAUUCACUACCACUUCACAUUGUAUGCCAUCAUCUUCAUUCUCCUCACUACCAAACCCCCACUAUUUCCUCUCACAACUCCAGAAAUGCAUUCCUCGAAAUUGGAAACAAAACCCAUCUAUUCCUAAACAACCCAUGAUUGAUUCUUUGGUUAUUUCCUUAAAAAGGUUUGCAACUCAAGGCCAUUUAGAACAAGCCUUCAAAACAUUCGCAUCUAUUCAGACACAUUUUGGGUCUGGUGACUCAUUUUACAUAAUUGUAAUCUCAUUGUCUCGUCUUUUGUUGUGUUGUUCUAAUCUUAAGGCUUUGUCACAUGGUAGACAGGUUCAUUCUUAUAUUGUUACUUCGGGUUUGGAGAAGCACUCUAUUUUGGUUCCUAAGCUUGUUACAUUUUAUGCUAAUUUAGAUGUGCUUGAUUAUGGUAAAAUUAUAGUUUGUAGUUCUGGGAUUAAGGAUCCGUUGUCGUGGAAUUUGUUGAUUUCGGGUUAUGUAAGAAAUGGGUUUUGUGGGGAGGCGAUUUCGAUGUAUAGAGUGAUGGUGGAGAAGGGGGUUAGGCCGGAUAAUUUUACUUACCCUUCGGUUUUGAAGGCUUGUAGUGAAGAAUUGGAUGUUGUGGCUGGGAGAGAGGUGCAUAGGUCUAUUGAAUGUAGUGGGGUUGAGUGGAAUUUGUAUGUUUAUAAUGCUUUGAUUUAUAUGUAUGGGAAAUGUGGGGAAGUGGAUGUUGCGCGGAAGCUGUUUGAUGGGUUGCGUGAAAGGGAUGCUGUUUCGUGGAAUUCUAUGAUUUCGUGUUAUGCUUCUGGGGGGAUGUGGAAGGAGGCGUUUGAGGUUUUUGAGUAUAUGCAGGGAGAGAGUAUUGAAUUGAAUAUGAUAACGUGGAAUACAAUAGCUGGGGGGUGUUUGAAGACGGGUAGAUAUGAUACGGCGCUGGAAUUGCUUUGUCGGAUGAGGAAAUGUUUGAUUCACUUAGAUCCUGUUGCGGUGAUUAACGGUUUAGGUGCAUGUUCUCAUGUGGGUUCUUUAAAAUUGGGGAAGGAGAUUCAUGGUUUGGCGGUGCGUAGUUAUUGUGAUGAAUUUGAUAAAGUUAGAAAUUCAUUGAUCACUAUGUAUUCUCGGUGCAAGGACCUUAGGCUGGCAACUGUUUUGUUCAAUUUAGUACAAGUUAAAAGUAUGAUUACGUGGAAUUCUAUCAUUUCUGGUUACUCGCAGUGGGACCAUACUGAGGAAGCUUUCUUUCUAUUUAGAGAAAUGAUUCUUUUUGGGUUUGAACCUAAUAAUGUGACAAUUGCAAGCCUUUUGCCUUUAUGUGCUAGGGUAGCAAAUCUUCAGCACGGUAGAGAGUUUCAUUGCUAUAUGAUUAAGCGUGAAGUGUUUAAAGAUUACUUGCUGUUAUGGAAUGCCCUGGUGGACAUGUAUGCAAGAUCUGGAAAAAUAUCCUUAGCAAAAAGAUUAUUUGAUUUACUAAUCAAAAAGGAUGAAGUGACUUACACAUCACUAAUAGCUGGGUACGGGAUACAAGGAGAGGGCAAAACUGCGUUGAAACUUUUUGAAGAGAUGAUUGCUUCCCAGAUAAGACCGGAUCAUGUAACCAUGAUUGCUGUUUUGUCAGCUUGUAGUCAUUCUCGUCUUGUUAUUGAAGGUCAGUUGUUGUUUGAAAAUAUGUCACGUGUCUAUGGCAUAACUCCUCGUUUGGAGCACUUCGCUUGCAUGGUUGACCUCUAUGGGAGAGCUGGUUUAAUUCAUAAGGCAGUGGGAAUAUUGAGAGGGAUGCAAUACAAACCAACCCAGGCAAUGUGGGCCACUCUUAUAGGAUCUUGUAAAAUUCAUGGAAAUACAGAAGUUGGAGAAUGGGCGGCAAAAAAUCUGUUAGAAAUGAAGCCUCAGAAUUCAGGGUAUUAUGUCUUAAUUGCAAACAUGUAUGCUGCAGCUGGAUGUUGGAACGAACUAGCAAAGAUUAGGACUUCCAUGAGGGACUGGGGUGUAAAAAAGGCUCCUGGUGUUGCAUGGAUUGAUGCUGGAGCUGGAAUUUCGCCUUUUAUGGUGGAAGACAUGUCCAACACCCAGUCUGAGGAGAUUUAUCCUUUGCUCAGGGGAUUACUUAAACAAAUGAAAGAAGCUGGAUAUGUUGCAUGUGAAGAUUCUUAUGUAGAGUAUGAAGUUAUUGAAGACCAAAUCGAAUACAAUAUUUCUUCUUAAAGAUGAUGAUAAAUCAGCUAUAGUUGUUGGAAAUUUGUGAGGCAUGGCAUGGAGGCUGCUCAAUCCAGUUGUCUAUGACAUCAUAGCUAAUAUAUGGUGUUCUGUAAUCAGAUGUACAGCUAUAGCUGUUGGAAAAUUCUUAGGCAUAGCAUGGAGGCAUCUUAAUCCAGUUGCCUGUGGCAUCAUAACUAAGAGAAGGUGUUCUGUAAUCAGUUGUACAGGUAUAGCAUGGAGGCAUCUCAAUCCAGUUGCCUGUGGCAUCAUAACUAAGAGAAGGUGUUCUGUAAUCAGAUGUACAGGUAUAGCAUGGAGGCAUCUCAAUCCAGUUGCCUGUGGCAUCAUAACUAAGAGAAGGUGUUCGGUAAUGAGAUGUACAGUGAUCAGGACACAAGUUGUGCCAGAACUAGCAUAUUGUAUUUUGGCAACUAUAAUUCAACGUGGGAACACAAGUUGUGCCGGAACUAGCAUAUUGUUCUUUGUGGCAUCUCUGGAGGUGAUCGAGAGAAAUAUUUAAGGUCUGAUUUAGAUGAGGCAACUAAACUGGAGUUGAUGCACAUGCUUGUGUUUUUUUGCAAGUAGAGAGACCACUGAUUAGAAGCAAGUGCUAACGUAGAUGUUGGUGAAUGAACACGACUAGUUGAGGCAUAUUCAAGCCCUUUUGUUGUGGAUAUGGGCAUCUACCUGCUGCGAUUCGGGGUACUGAGUGCAGGGGCAGAUAAAGUAGACCAUGGUGUUGAAUUCUCAGUGACUGAUGAGUGGGUUAGUUGUUCUGCAGGGGAGUUUAAAUUAAGGCCUCUAAGGCAUGCUUUGAUGCUGAUGUUAGCUGGUUUUACAGUCUACCAGAAGUGCUUUGUAAUUCUAGCUAUAGAAACGCUGCAUAUCUGAUGCUUGAUGUGGCCUUUUAUUGCAGCUUGAAGGCUGGGAGACGGAUAACAUUGUAAAAGACUUUCUUAUUAUUUUUGUACCAGUUUUCCAGGUGAAAAAUUAACAGGUUGUUAUGAUGGUGGAAGAGCAAAAGGAAAUAGAGAUUAGAUACUAUACUGAUCGUGGAAGCACAAAAGAAAACAGAGAUUAAAACUUUUAUUAGUGAUUCAGUUUGCGAAUUCAAUGAGACUGCGGUAGCAAGGAAUCAUCGUCUUGGGCGCUUUCCUGGUAGUGAGAUUCUGGGAAAUGGGAAUAAUCAAGAAAUUUGUCAAACUUGAUAAAUGAUCUCUUUGUCAAGGUCAAGAAGAAAGAAACUUCUUCACCCAGGCAAUAAAACAGUAUGAUGCAGAAGCUUCUUCAGACUAAUGGAUAAGGUUCGAGGCAAUUUAUGAUUGUUACGUAAAAUCUGAUUUACUAAGUUGAAACAACUCAGCAAAACCAUUGUUACUGUCCUUGUUAUUCGAAGUUGGGAUGAGGAUAAUUCGUUUACGAACUCACAUGAAUAGUUGAAAUUAUUUGUGUAUAGUGAGUUUCAACACAAGUCACACAUCAUACGUAUAAAAAAGAUUUGUCUCGAAUAUCGAGUAUAAAUAGUCAAACAAUUUCAUUAGUAUGAUACCUUUUGUGAGAAGUCCAAAAAUACAUACGUGCGAGUUUGGUCAUGAUUGAAAGUAGACAAAAAUUUAACUAAUGUACAAUUUAUGAGUGUUGCGCGACCUUAGAAGUAGUUCUGUGAUGUGGGAUGCUCUCACUUGAAUAGCAAGUGACAACGGAUAAACAGUGGAGGCAUAAGAGUCACGUAGUGGUUCUUCAAGUGUGUGUUAACCCAAGUUGACAUUAUUUGUGUAGGGUGAGUGUCAACACAAGUCCCACAUCAUAAGUAUGAAAAAGAUUUGUUUUGAAUAUAAGCAGUCAAACAACUUCAUUCGUAUGAGACCUUUUGUGAGGAGUACAAAAUCAAAUACGCGUGGGCUUGAUCACGGUUCAAAGUAGACAAUAUCAUAUACUAACAUGGAGUUUAUGAGUGUUGCAUGAUCCUGCAACUAGUUUUGUGAUGUGGGAUACUCUCACUUAGAUUGUGGUCAAAGAUCUUAGACAGAUUGUGUUUAAAAUAUUCCUAACAUUAAAGUCGUCGGGCAGUAUGUCCCACAAGAGAAGUAGCAGCUGAUAAACAAUAGAGAUAUAUAUAAGGGUCACAUAGUGGUUCUUCAAGUGUGUGUCAACCAAGUCUCACAUCGUAAAUAUAAAGAAGACUUGUCUUGAAUGAAGUAGUCAAUGAAGUAGUCAAACAACUCCGUUGAAAUAAAGCCUUUUGAGAGGAGUACAAAAAUAAAUGCUUGCGAGUUUGGUCAAGGUCCAAAGUGGACCGUAUCAUUAGUAUUAGGGGCCGUUUGUUUUGAGGUAACUUACAAAGGGAAGAGAAUUAACUAACUCCAUUCUGUUUGUUAUUAUUUGUUUACAAAAAAAUAUCAUUCUUUUUGACCAUUUUUAAUUUUGGGAUUUAUCCAAAACUCUUCAAUUCUCUCCGUGCUACCAACUAGGAUUUUGUAUUCUCUUUCCCGUUUCAUUACUGGUCAUUACCCGCAAACAUCUCCCAAAAAGAAAAAGACUGAACAUCUUCACUACUCUGCUUCAUUGGAUCUAGAGAGAAAAAAAAUAGGCACUUCUUUCUUCUCUUUCUUAAUCUUUUCCUUAUUCACCUUAUCACAUGUUUAUGGAUCGCUGCUUUAGCAUCUCCAAUAUAUGUACAUGUUUUAGAUUGUAUAAGUAAGGCAGUUUGGUUAUUUUCUUAAUUUGGUCUUUAACGUUUAACCUGUGUAUUGAAUUUCACAUUGAAACAAUUCGAGAAAAGUGCGCCUUGGGGCAGUCAAGGAACGAGGCUUGUGCUUACUAAUGCUAUGUUUACUUUGCAUGUCUAUUUUCUUCAUUUUUGUUUUAUUACUGGAUUCGCUUAUAAUUUAAAUUCAAUGGAAAUUCAGGUUUUUAAUGUUUUCAUAUAUAUAAUAUUUAUAAUGUCCUUAUAUAGAAAAUGGCUCGAAUCGGUGAUCCAUUCAGAAAUAGGAGAAAUUGGGACAAUAUUUGUUUUAUAGUUACAAUAAGUAAUUGUGUUGUAAUCUUGCAUCUAGUGUGUUACUCGGUUAGAAAAACAUUAGAUAAUUCUCAAAGUAUACAAUUUAACAAAAGGACUAGAAUAUGAAGGAGAUCGCAUAAUUUGAAUCAAAUUAUAAGAGAGGGUGACACUAUGUGUAGGAAUUUUUUUCGCGAAGAACAUUUUGUGUUCUUGAGAUGGUCAGAGAUGUAGGUGGAUUGAAUGAGACAAAAAAUAUGUGUUUAGAAGAGAUUCUUGCAGGUUUUUUAUACGCACUAGCUCAUCAUAAAAAAUAGAACAAUCAAUACUCAAUUUUAUACAAGUGGUGAAACUAUUAGUAGACAAUUUCUUGCAUCUUUGUUUUCUAUCCUGAAAUUACAUCGUUUGCUACUUAAAAAACCAACACCCAUAUCCGAAAACCGUAAUAAUGAGAGAUAUAACUGCUUUUAGGUAUGAUAUUCAUUUUUUAUAUAUAUAAAAAAGUUUAGAUAUAAUAUAUAAGUUAUGGUGGUUAUAUUUUUGUAGAAUUCUGUAAGUGCGCUUGAUGGUACAAUGAUAUGUUAACUAUGUUUCGAGGAAUUCAUAUAUGUGUUACUUAGUUGGCAGGGAUCCACACAUGAUGUCCGGGUUUUUCGAGAUGCAAUUUUUAGGUCUAAUGAUUUAAAUGUGCCAAAAGGUAGUUAACAUAUUUGAUACUCUUAUAUUAUUAUUAUUAUUAUUAUUAUAACACACCUACAAGAGUGAAUAGUAAAAUAAGUUUUGUUUUUUUCUUUGUGUCAAGGUUGUUAUUGUGUAUGUGAUUGGGGAUAUACUAAUGGAGAGGGAUUAGCUUCAUAUAGAGGACAUCUUUAUCACCUCAGAGAGUGGGAUAAUGGUGCAUGUCAACCACACAUAACUAAUGAGUAUUUCAACUUGAAACAUUCAAGACCUAGAAAUAUAUAUUUUGGAUUAUUGAAAGGAAGACAGGGGAUCUUAAAAUGUCCAUCCUAGUUUAGCUUACAAACAAAUGACCGUAUUGUGCUUGCAUGUGCUUUAUUACAUAACAUGGUUAAAAGAAACACUACAAGAAAAACGCAAUCAGACAACACACAUCAGACAACGCUCGGUUAAAAAAGUGUUGCCUAAAAACGACAGACAACUGUUAAUGUUCAGCAUUUAGAAAGUAUUGCCUGAACCAUGAUUCUUACAAGAGUUUUAAAACCGUUGUCUAGCAAAUCAAAACAGACAAGUGUUUUUCUAACGGUGGUGUUGU